CGCUGGCAGUGAUGGUUUUGUUUACUUAUCCUGUAUUAGAGCAGAGGCCGGGGUUGAGGCUAAACUGUCAGGGGGGAGCAGGCGUUAUAAAACGCGGCUUACCAGUGGAUUAUUUUACUUUGGACGUGUUACUUCCCCGUGGUAUUGGGAACUGAACCCAGAGCCUUUACAUUGAACUACCUCGCCAACCCAUUUGAACUUACUAUUGAUUUAUUUGUUUGCGUUGUUCGUUUUGAGACAGUGCCUGGCUCAGGCGUUAAGCGCCCCAGGCUGGGCUGAUCUUGGCGGCGCCCUGCCUCCGCUUCCCAGAGCGCUGUGACCGGAGGCUGCGCCACCACGCCCGCCCGUUUACUCCGGGGCGAUGCCCUGCUCGUAGUUUCUUUUUUUUCUUGUUUUUUUUUUCCGGUUCCGGGAAUCGAACUCACGACGUCGCGCUUGCCAGGCAGGCGCUGUGCCGCUGAGCUAAAUCCCCAGCCCGCCUGCUCGUGUGUUUAACCUAAUAUUCUUUCCUAUUACACGAAGUGUACGUCCCCCGCCGCGCGUCCGCAGAGCGCCCCGUUCGAGGGUUGACUCGCGGCUCUGGGGAGCCACUUUGUCAGCUCUUCUUUUCCAUCUCAGAAGUGUUCUUCUGGAGCCAAGGCGUGGCUAUGUGUGAAUGCCGGUUGUUAGCAAGCCCAGCCGUCUGAACUGAGAUCACGUCUUUUAAAGCCGUUUGUCAAGUUUCUGGGAUUAAGAACCAGGCAGAAAUACGAAGGAUGAGUAUUCAAGGCAGAUAGAAGAGCUUCUGUAAAGUCAGGGAAUGCCAAGCGCCAUGAAGUGUUUUAGGAGGAGGUGCAGAAUGAGCACAUGUUGUUGGUGUACACCAGGUGGUAUUUCCACCACUGACUUCCUAAAGUGCUAUGCAUCCAAGACUGAGUCCCGUGAAUUCCAAACAGCCAAUGAAGACCUCUGCUACUGCUUGGAGUGUGUGGCUGAAUACCACAAAGCAAGGGAUGAGUUGCCAUUCUUGCAUGAG